AUUUAUGCUGAUACCUAGUUGCAAGAAAAGGAAAGGGGGCUGAUUAUGACCAUUACUCAUAAAGGGACAUGUUUCCUGUGUUACUACAAGGAACAAACUUUGGAACCUUUCACGCUCUUCUGGCUACUUCAACUUGCCAGACCUGUGGAGUCCAUGGAAAACAAAGGCGAAUAUGUGAUGUUUUCGAAAGAGACAUGCCUGCUGGACACUCCAUCAGAGAAGCUGAGGAAAGAGCUGGAGGAAGAGCUGAAGCUCAGCAGCAGUAAUAUUCAAAGCCAUGGCUGGUAUCAUGGCCGUAUACCAUGGGAGGUAGCGGAGUCUCUGGUGCUUGAAGAUGGGGAUUUCCUCAUUCGCGAUUCUCUCACCAGUUUGGGAGACUACGUCUUAACCAGCCGCUGGGAUCAUAAGCCUCUCCACUUCUUAAUCAGCAAAGUUCUGCUGCGAACCAGCGAUACGUACACACGCGUGCAAUACACUCUCGAAGGAGAAACGUUUGACUCCAUUCAAGCCUUGGUUCAUUUCUAUGUGGGCAGUCAGACAGCUUUAACCACUCAGAGUGGGGUGCAUGUUUACUCCCCAGUAAACAGAACUCUACCACUGCGUUAUCUAGAGACAAUGUUUGGCCAGGCUAGUCCAGAGGGGACUCCAGUAACCUCACCCUCACACAGGAAGGGAAGCCUGAAGAAAAGAGAAAGCAAAGCGGCGACUGAGGCUCUGGCAAUGGAGCUAAUAAAUCCCCAGAGGGAGGCAGUCAAGAGCUUUGCUGGAAGCCUGGAACAGCACGUUGUGGUGACGACAUCCCCAGCACCAAUAAACACAUUGUACAGACGUAGAAGGAGUCCAUCACGCAACAGGAAGUUUGUUGUAGUCCCUUCAUCACCUGUCCUGGAAAAACCUAUUGAAACACACCUCUGCACCUCCCCUAAUGAUAGUGCUGUCAUCUAUCUAGAGCCCACGGUCAAAAUCUGGUCUAGCAUGACAAGAUCCUGUCAAAGCCCAACUGCAGAGCCUGCCAACCUGCAGACCAGUUCAGCUGUCUCCCCACCCAGCCCUGGUCAUAUUGAGCACAGUGGACAAGAGGACCAGACUGUGACUGGUUUCAUGGAGGAGGACAAUGAGGAUUACUUAAUGCCUCUUGUAGCUGAAACAGCAACCAGUUUCAGUCCCAGCAUGUACCAGUCAGCCCUUCUCCCUGCAGAGAAUAAACCACUAGAGACAAGAGUCUUGAGGAGAGUUAAGGAGGUGCUUACAGAUGCUGAUACGAAAACAAUGGCUAUGCACAUCACCAAAGUUGACUGCAUGGUUGCUCGAAUACUGGACAUACCCGAUGACCGAACAAGAGGAAUGGGAGUGAGUUCAGGAAUGGAGCUACUUACACUUCCACAUGGCCAAUAUCUCCGACAAGAUCUACUGGAAAGGUUCCACACCAUGUCCAUCAUGCUGGCAGUGGAGCUGCUAGGUUGCACAGGCAGUGUGGAGGAAAGAGGAGCUCUACUGCACAGAACUAUCUCACUGGCCUCAGAGCUGAAGAGUAACUUGGGAAACAUGUUUGGCUUCACUGCAGUAAUGAAAGUCUUGGAACUUCCCCAGAUUUCACGGUUGGAGGACACAUGGAUAGUUUUACGCCAGAUAUACACAGAAAGUGCAGUCCUGUAUGAGAAAACCCUGAGGCCCUUUUUGAAGAGACUGAAUGAUGGAAAAGAAUUGUGUGAUCCUUCAAAGACAACUGUCCCCCACAUGCUACCUGUGCUGCUCCUGCUUGAGAAGAGUGCAGUCAGUCUUGAAGGAUCGGAGUCAUGGGAGAGUCUGGACGCUGGGAUGGACUGUUUGCUGGGUCAUUUAGAUGCUGCACGUAACAUGGCAUGCCACGGGGAGACGUUCUGUUCUAAUGCAAAAGCAAAACUACAGGGCUUCCAGGAGCAGCCAGAUCUUCUAGAAAUUUUCCUCACAGAGUUUCAGAUGCGUCUCCUUUGGGGCAGCCGCGGGGUGGAAGAGAGCAGGGAGGAGCGCUAUGAGAAGUUUGACAAAGUGCUAACAGCCCUUUCUAACAGACUGGAGCCACCUCACCCAGCACAGUGACUUAAAGCAGACAUCACGCUACAUGUGACUGUGAAUCAUGUCUAUUUUCUCUUUUUGAUCUAUACCACAGGAUGACUUAGGGAAGCAUUAUGCGACACAGUGUGACUGAUCAAGAUAAGUUAUUUGUUUUUAACUUUUAUACAGUUUUGUAAAUAAUGUACAUAUAUCCUGUCCAGAUUUGUAUUUUUAAGUAUGAUUAACAGCACUUGGAUAUAUUUCUCUUUAAAAAAAAUGUCAUAAUUACCAUAUAAAUGUCUUUAUAAAUUACACUAUUAUAAUAAACUAUGUAUUAUUUUAUACUCAC